UCAGUCAGUCGGACAGUCAGUCAGGCAGGCCUCCCCACCGGACGUAUGGCUCGUACUCCACAAUCCGUAACACAGAUAGUAGAUAGAGUGCGCGCGGUGCAUUCGCCUCCGUGAGGCCGAGAGGAAGACUUCCUUGGGUUCGCAGUGGCUAGCGACGAGGACGCCGACGAUCUCGCCCGGGUACACCGCCUCCACCAUUGCCGUUCUCAUGAGCCAAGAAGAGGAGAGUUGUUCGUGAGAUAGACGAUCGCCCGUGCCAAAGUACACUCCCGCAAUGCCCGUAACGAAGAUUUGCUGCAUCGGGGCCGGUUACGUGGGCGGCCCGACUUGCAGCGUGAUCGCUCUCAAGUGUCCGCACAUCCGGGUGACGGUCGUCGACAAAAGCACCGAGCGCAUCGCCCAUUGGAACUCGCAGAAAUUGCCCAUCUACGAGCCCGGCCUCGACGACGUCGUCCGUAAGUGUCGCGGCAAGAAUCUAUUCUUCUCCACGGACAUCGCCCAGGCGAUCGAGGAGGCGGAACUAAUCUUCAUUUCGGUAAACACGCCGACGAAGAUGUUUGGUAAUGGCAAAGGCAGAGCCGCCGACCUGAAGUACGUGGAGAGCGCGGCCCGGAUGAUCGCGGACAUCGCCGCAGGUGACAAGAUCGUCGUGGAGAAAAGCACAGUGCCGGUGCGGGCAGCCGAGAGUAUCAUGAAUAUACUGCGUGCCAAUCACAAGCCCGGAGUUUCUUAUCAGAUUUUAUCCAAUCCUGAGUUUUUAGCCGAAGGCACAGCAAUCGAUGAUUUAAUAAAUGCCGAUCGAGUAUUAAUUGGUGGUGAAGAGUCACCAGAGGGUCAAGCAGCAAUUGAACAACUUUGUCAAGUUUAUGAACAUUGGAUACCACGAAAAAAUAUCCUCACUACUAAUACAUGGAGCUCCGAAUUAUCCAAACUGGCUGCCAACGCCUUCCUCGCCCAAAGGAUAUCCAGCAUAAAUUCAUUAUCGGCGGUAUGCGAAGCCACAGGUGCCGAUGUGUCGGAAGUGGCCCGUGCCGUUGGCUUGGAUUCGCGAAUUGGCUCCAAGUUUUUGCAAGCGUCCGUCGGCUUCGGCGGCUCCUGCUUCCAGAAAGACAUUCUCAAUCUCGUUUAUAUAUGCGAGUGCUUGAAUCUCCCUGAAGUGGCCGCCUACUGGCAGCAAGUUAUCGAUAUGAACGAGUACCAAAAGUCAAGGUUUUCAGCCAAGGUGAUCGAGUCUCUCUUUAAUACGGUAACGGACAAGAAAAUUUCCUUGCUGGGAUUCGCAUUCAAGAAGAAUACUGGCGAUACCCGCGAGUCGCCGGCCAUUCACGUAGCCAAGACGUUGUUGGACGAAGGAGCCAAGCUGCACAUUUACGAUCCCAAGGUCGAAGAAUCACAAAUUCUUUUAGAUUUAUCUCAUCCUGACGUGACAACCAAUCCUGGGCAUAUUAAAAGCAGAAUCAGUAUUUACAAAGAUGCAUACAGCGCCACAAAAAAUACCCAUGCAAUUAUCAUAUGUACAGAAUGGGACGAAUUUAUGCAAUUGGAUUAUAGAAGAAUUUAUGCAGAUAUGAUGAAGCCGGCAUAUAUUUUUGAUGGUAGAAAAUUCCUCAACCAUGAUCAUCUUCAAAAAAUUGGAUUCAUUGUGCAGACCAUCGGGAAGAAACUAAUGAGAACUACAGUCUCGAGGGCUUGGGGGAGUCAAACGCAAAUGUAAACCACAUCCCGGUAUUUUCAAAUAAUUGAUGAAAAUGUGAUUGAUUGUAUAUUAGGCGCGUUUUAUACUUAAGUAAACAACUGCCACUAUCUCGACAUUUUUACAUAUUCAGUUUACAGACACAUUUUAAACAUAUA